GGCAAAGCUAGAGUUAAAACUCGUGUCGGAUUCCACACCACGUGUUGUUUUGGCGCUUUACCGCAUUUCGCUGACACCCAAACAAACGUGUCAUGAAGAUGGUUCGUGUUCGAGUUGGUUGAGGUUUUUAAUCUACGGUUUUUAUACAUUUAAAAGACACGAUUUCAGACGCUGUUGAAUAAUGAAGUACAUACUGGUGACUGGUGGUGUGAUAUCAGGCAUUGGUAAAGGGAUCAUAGCCAGCAGUGUGGGCACUAUACUCAAAUCAUGUGGCCUGCAUGUCACUGCCAUCAAAAUCGACCCCUACAUCAACAUUGAUGCAGGCACUUUCUCUCCCUAUGAACAUGGUGAAGUGUUUGUGCUAGAUGAUGGCGGUGAGGUUGAUUUGGAUUUAGGGAACUACGAACGUUUUCUGGACAUCCGGCUAACCAGGGACAACAAUCUGACAACGGGGAAGAUCUAUCAGUCUGUUAUAACCAAGGAAAGAAGAGGGGAUUACUUGGGCAAAACUGUACAAGUGGUACCGCACAUUACCGACGCUAUUCAGGAAUGGGUCAUGCGGCAGGCUAAGGUUUCGGUGGACGAUGAUGGUGUUGAACCAGAAGUCUGUGUUAUUGAGCUUGGAGGUACAGUUGGAGAUAUUGAGAGUAUGCCUUUUAUUGAAGCUUUUAGACAGUUUCAGUUUAAAGUGAAACGAGAGAAUUUUUGUAACAUCCAUGUCAGUCUUGUUCCUCAGCCCAAUUCAACAGGAGAACAGAAGACCAAACCCACACAGAACAGUGUUCGGGAGCUUCGUGGACUUGGCCUUUCACCUGAUCUAAUUGUUUGUCGCUGCUCGACUCCAUUGGACACUGCUGUAAAAGAGAAGAUCUCCAUGUUUUGCCAUGUAGAACCUGAACAGGUGAUCUGCAUACAUGAUGUGUCCUCCAUCUACAGAGUACCUUUACUCCUGGAGGAUCAGGGCAUAGUUGACUACUUCUGCCACAGGCUGAACUUGCCUAUUGAGAUGAGACCUCGCAAAAUGCUCACAAAGUGGAAGGAGAUGUCAGACCGGUCUGACCGACUCCUAGAGCAAACCUCCAUCGCUUUAGUAGGCAAAUACACCAAGCUGUCAGAUUCGUAUGCCUCUGUGAUUAAAGCACUGGAGCACUCAGCCCUCGCCAUCAACUAUAAGCUGGAGGUCAAGUACAUUGAUUCGGCAGACCUGGAGCCAACAGCGUUGCAGGAGGAGCCGGUGAAGUACCAUGAGGCCUGGCAGAAGCUCUGCAGUGCUGAUGGGGUUCUUGUUCCUGGAGGCUUUGGUGUUCGAGGCACUGAGGGAAAAAUCCAAGCCAUUAACUGGGCGAGGAGACAGAAAAAGCCAUUUUUAGGUGUUUGUUUGGGCAUGCAACUGGCGGUGUGUGAAUUUGCUCGUAAUGUACUGGGGUGGGAAGAUUCCAAUUCUACAGAAUUUGACCCUGAAACAAAACAUCCAGUGGUGAUUGAAAUGCCAGAGCACAAUCCUGGGCAGAUGGGAGGAACCAUGCGGUUGGGAAAAAGGCGCACCUUAUUUAAAAGCACAUCCAGCGUAGUUCGAAAGCUGUAUGGAGAUGCUGAAUAUGUGGACGAAAGGCAUCGACAUCGCUUUGAGGUGAAUCCGGAAUUGAAGCAUCACUUUGAGGAUAGAGGUUUUCGAUUUGUAGGUCAGGACCUGGAGGGGGAGCGAAUGGAGAUUAUUGAACUUGACGAUCACCCUUAUUUUGUCGGAGUGCAGUACCACCCAGAAUUCACUUCUCGCCCCAUCAAACCCUCACCUCCUUAUUUUGGCCUUCUACUGGCAGCAUCUGGGAAACUACAGAACUACCUACAGAAAGGAUGCCGGCUCUCACCUCGGGACACAUACAGUGACCGAAGUGGCAGUAGCUCACCAGACUCUGAGAUAUCUGAAAUCAAAUUCCCAUCACUUUCUUAAAGUGGAAAUACUCAUGUAAUCAUGAAAGUGUAACUUAAAUAAAUCAAGAAGGGAAAAAAAGAUAAUGUGUCCUUUUUAAGCAAAAUAUGAGGUAUGGAUACUGUUCUGUCAAUGGUGAUAUACUUAAAAUGAUAGUGUUUUCACGCCACGUUAUCAGUCAGCCAUAUUGGCGGCACUGAACGUAAACAAUGCCACUGAACCGAAUGGAAUUUGCAUAUUUUGUUGAUUAUUGCUGUUGAAAAUGGUCAAUAAUUGUCAUGUUUUGGACUAAUCGGUCAGACCAGGAAAACAUUUGGAGUACUAUAGACAGCCAAAUGCUGUAACAAAUCAAGGAGAAGAGUGCAAUGUCUUAAGGAACAUAAGGCAUUUGUGGUUGAUCAAACUGAACCAGGACUUCCAAGGCAAAAAUCUUGACAACAUUUGUUUGUUCUUAUCAUUUCCAGUCAGGUAGGUGAAAUAUUAGGCUAAUGUCUUAAUUAAUACUCUUUGUAUUUACUCUUUUUAAAUUAGCAGAACAACGUAUUCAGUAGUAAUCAGUGCUGUUGUUUACAUCUGAGUAUCUCCAAUAUGGCUGCGCAUCCGGGUAACUGACAUAAUGUGUGAACAUGAGAUUAGUGUAAUAAAAUCGCU